AUGCACAGCAAACUUGCUCUUACUACUCUCGUUUCGACUGUGCUGACGUUCACAGCAGCCCAGUUGGUAAUAAACUCUGGAGACAGUGCCAGUGGCAUUUUGUCCGGCGAAGGUGCUGUUUCAGAGGUGGUUAGCACCAUUGAUGAUAACCCCCUUAGCCGCUUCAGCGACCCUAGCUUCCUCGCAUCACUUAGCGCUGCCAAUGCCGCUGCCUCGUCUAUGGCCAACGGUCAAUAUCCUGGCGACGGCACACUCAUACCUGCUAUUGGUGAUGCUAUUCAAAUAACUGCUUCCCCAGAAGACCCGUCCUCUUCGGCUUCAUCUGCAACUGCCAGCCCCAGUGGCAGUAGCAGUGCUGGCGAUGAUAGUGACGAUGAUGGCAUCACGUCGGACGUUGAAUCCAAGCCAGGGGUUAAAACCCCUGCUGGAUCAUCAGCUACUAGUACUAAGCCCAAUGGUGCCACGGGCUCGCAGUGUGCUGUCUCUGCUGUCGCUGCCGUUGCCAUCGUGGCUGCAGCGUUCUUCUAA